UACGCACCAGGCGCAUGGUAGCGUAAUCUCCUCUUUUUCCAAAAUCUAUAUCAAUCCGAAUUCUAAGAUUAAAUUCUUUCGAAGGGUUUUUUGUUCUCCAAGUCUUUGCAACAGGUUCCAAAUCCGUCGUUCUUCAUCUGGUUGCUGAAUAUUCGAUUUCUUGUUGUCAAGUAAGAAGAGUAAAUAUGUAUUUUGAUGGUUAUGGCUAUCAUGGAACAUCCUUUGAGCAAACAUAUCGAUGCUACCCUGCAUCUUUUAUUGAUAAGCCUCAGUUAGAAAAUGGUGAUAAAAUUAUAAUGCCUCCUUCUGCCCUUGAUCGCCUUGCUUCUCUUCACAUUGAUUAUCCAAUGUUGUUUGAGCUUCGAAAUGCUGCUACGGAGAGGAUUUCACAUUGUGGGGUGUUGGAAUUCAUUGCAGAAGAAGGCAUGAUUUAUAUGCCUUAUUGGAUGAUGGAAAAUCUGCUUUUACAAGAAGGAGACAUUGUGCGUGUAAAAAAUGUGACCCUCCCAAAGGGUACAUAUGUAAAAUUACAACCACACACAAAGGACUUCUUGGAUAUCUCUAACCCAAAAGCAAUCUUGGAGACAACAUUGAGGAACUUUUCUUGUUUGACAACAGGAGAUAGCAUUAUGGUGGCAUAUAACAACAAGAAAUACUACAUUGAUAUCAUUGAAUCAAAGCCUUCUCAUGCAAUAACCAUAAUUGAAACUGAUUGUGAGGUCGAUUUUGCCCCUCCUCUUGAUUACAAAGAGCCUGAGAGACCUGUAGCAUCUAUCCCUUCAACCAAACCACCAUCAGAAGGUGAGGCUGCUCCAGUUGAAGAGCCAAAGUUUAAUCCGUUUACUGGAUCAGGAAGAAGGUUGGAUGGAAAGCCUUUAAAAUACCAGCCACCACCUGUUUCUGCCGCCUCCUCCACCACCAAAGACAAGCAAGUGGCGGUUUCUGGUGGUGGUGUGCCGCCACCAUCAACCGGAUCCAGCUCACAAAGCAGCUCUCGUCAGUCGCAAGGAAAACUUGUGUUUGGAUCUAAUGCUAACCGUAGUGCUGAACCUCAAAAACAAAAGGAAGUUGCAAAAGAGAGUAAACAAGAGCAGGAUCCAAAGAAAGAUGAGCCCAAGUUCCAAGCCUUCACUGGGAAGAAAUACUCACUUAAGGGUUAAAGGUUAAAUUAGUCAUUUGUGUUGUUUGAAAAGAUUCAAGAUUCUUUGGGGAUGUUUGUAUGUGUUUUAAUUAUUGUCAUUUGUCAUUGUCAGUUAAUCUUCUUCUUUUGAUUCCCUUGUAAAAGUACAUACAGAGUCGAGUCGAGUCCAGUUGAGUCUUUGACCAUAAAGCUUUGACCUUUCUUGCUUUGAUGGGUUAUGUUAUGUUAUGUUAUUUAUCAAAAGUGAAUGGGAAGUUUCUAAUA